UGCUAUGAUUGCUGAUGAGGACAGUAACUGGAUUUUUAAUGGCUGAAGUUGGCAAUGUUGACUUGAGGAGGAAGACGAAUUACCUUAUUGUGGACUCAAGUAUGAUUGAGGCUUGAAUUCUCUUAAACAUCUCGUGUGGAAGCAUGACUAUAUGGAACUUCUGUGGUUAGAUAGGCGGCCUUCAUAUUAUAAAAAUUCUUGGAAACGAAGGGAUAUAAACAAAACAUAGGAUAUGGGAAUAGAAGAGAAGGAUGUAUCCAGUCAGUUAUGGAGAAGAAUUUCCGUGGUAGCUGUUUUUUUUCCCGAUUCUGCUUGGGUUGCAACUUAUUUCCCAGAUGGGAGCAUGCUCAAUGGUGAGGUCACCGGAUGUAGUAUUCUGUAUUCUGGACCAGAAACCACGGCUAAACAGAUUGAAGACGCAUUCAAAGAGUUCACAGCAAGAGAGAACAUUGCAAUAGUCUUGAUCAGCCAAUAUAGUAUUCUGUAUUCUGGACCAGAAACCACGGCUAAACAGAUUGAAGACGCAUUCAAAGAGUUCACAGCAAGAGAGAACAUUGCAAUAGUCUUGAUCAGCCAAUAUGUAAAGUCAUAUAGAUGGUUGGAGAAGUUGGAUGGGUUGGUCUUAUAUGGUUUCAUUUUUCCUCUGCUCACUGGUUUUCAGGUCGCAAAUAUGAUAAGGUUUUUAGUUGAUAGUUACAACAUGCCAAUUCCGGCAAUUUUGGAGAUUCCUUCCAAGGACCAACCAUAUGAUCCUGCUCAUGAUUCUGUUCUUUCACGAGUGAAGUACCUUUUCUCUUCGGAAUCAGUGGCAUCUGGGAGGCGUUGA